CUUUAUCAAAAGAUAUCGAAUUACUGAACCAUGGUGGUUGUUUUUCUCUGCUAUAUAGCUUCACAAGUCAUUUGUACGUCGCAAAUAGGAUGCUCCGUCUUGCUUCCGAAGAGUGCCAUGGCGAAAAGCUCCACUUGCUCGUCAAGUGCGAAACUGAAAUGGACCAUGGCGCUGCUGGUCGUCCUGGUCAGCAUGAUUCGAGUCCAUGGCCAGCCAGGGUUUGUAAGCAUCGAUUGUGGAUUCGCAAACAGUAACGCCUACAACGACAGCUCCACAGGGAUACAGUUCGAUCCUGAUGCUGGAUUUGAGGGCGGUUUGAGCCACAAAAUUUCCGCAGAGUUCAUGGCAGAUUCAGAUGAGCAUCAGAAAACCCUGAGGAGCUUCCCUGACGGCUCACGGAAUUGCUAUACUCUGCCAUCCACCACUGGCAAGAAGUAUCUCGUGAGGGCCACUUUUACUUAUGGCAACUAUGAUGGGUUGAACAAGAGUCAGGACGGGUCGCUGUUUCUCUUCGGGCUCCACAUCGGCGUCAAUUUCUGGGAUGCGGUGAACUUCACAAAUUGGGGUGUCCCGAUAUGGAAAGAGGUGCUCACCGUUGCUCCGAGCAACAACAUCUCGGUCUGUCUGAUAAACUUUGGUUCAGGGACUCCGUUCAUAUCUACAUUGGAGCUGAGGCCCCUACAAGAUAUGAUGUACCCUUUUGUGAAUACUUCGGUGUCAAUCAGCUACUUUAGUCGGAAAAGAUUUGGCAACGUUACUGGAUUUAUCACAAGAUAUCCAUCCGACCCUUACGAUCGGUUCUGGGAGAGAUUUCUCUACCAGGACCCCCCCUGGAUCAGCCUGGACACAAGCAAUACAGUGAGGAGGCUCCCCGGCGACAACGCCUUCCAGGUACCAGAGGACAUCAUGCGGAAGGCCUCGACACUAGAAGCAAACUAUUCCUUCAUGUAUGUCAACGUGGGAGUGGGUCCCAAUUUGGACGCCAAGAACCUGCAGCUUCUCCCGAUCUUCCACUUUGCGGAGAUCAACAACAGCAACCCGAACAGGAGGUUCGACAUCUACAGCACCAACGAGUUGCUGUUCGACGACUUUUCCCCAGCACGAUUUCAGGUGGACAGUAUGCAAGAGAAUGGGCGGUUCUUGCACAACCCCGAGGCAUCCUUCCUCCUAAACAAGACGAGAAGGUCAAGGCUACCGCCACUCAUCAAUGCGUUUGAGUUGUACUCGCUCGUUCGGAUGGAUAACUUCACCACUGACUCCGACGAUGUCAAUUACAUGAAAGAAGUCAAGAAGCACUACAAUUUGGCACGAAUAAACUGGAAUGGAGAUCCAUGCUCCCCAAGAGAGUAUUCCUGGGAAGGUUUGACUUGCGACUACUCUAAAAGUAACCAGAAUCCGACGAUUGUCAGAGUAGAUCUGUCUAAGAGCGGGCUGCAAGGUGCAUUAGCCAUAUCAUUCCUGAACAUGGUAUCACUGGAAAACUUGGAUUUAUCACACAACAAUCUGACGGGAACUAUUCCAGACUAUCCACUAAAGUCACUCAAAGUUCUUGACUUGUCAAAUAAUCAGCUCGAUGGACCAAUCCCUAAUUCUAUCCUUCAGAGAUCUCAGGCUGGUCUGCUUGACUUAAGAUUACAGGGAAAUCCUGUAUGCUCAAAAGUCAAAGAUACGUACUGUUCAAAUAAGAAGAACACCACGCAAACCUUGCUCAUCGCAGUGAUAGUUCCUGUGGUACUGGUAUCCUUCUUAGUAGUGAUGUUCAUACUAUGGAAGUUGUGCUGGAAAGGGAAGUCAGGAGACCGCGAGGAUUAUGCUAUGUAUGAAGAGGAAACUCCGCUACAUAUUGACAUUAGACGGUUCACGUAUGCUGAGCUGAAGCUCAUAACAAACGACUUCCAAACAAUCGUUGGAAAAGGAGGUUUUGGUACUGUUUAUCAUGGCAUACUGGAAACUGGUGAUGAAGUAGCUGUUAAGGUUCUUAUGGAGACAUCAAUAGCAGAGUCAACAGACUUCCUCCCUGAGGUACAAACCUUGUCCAAAGUUCAUCACAAGAAUCUCGUGACUUUGGUAGGAUAUUGCCAAAACAAGAAGUGCCUAGCACUCGUUUAUGACUUCAUGCCCAGAGGAAAUCUUCAACAGCUUUUGAAAGGAGGAGACGACUAUAGCUUGAAUUGGGAACAGCGGCUUCAUAUCGCACUUGAUUCUGCACAAGGGCUGGAGUAUCUACAUGAGUCAUGCACCCCAUCAAUAGUUCACAGAGAUGUGAAGACUGCUAACAUUCUUCUAGACAAGAAUCUGGUGGGGAUAAUAUCUGAUUUUGGGCUUUCGCGGGCUUUUAACGAUGCUCAUACGCACAUAUCUACUGUUGCUGCUGGCACUCUUGGCUACCUCGACCCCGAGUACCAUGCAACUUUCCAACUCACUGUCAAGACAGAUGUUUAUAGCUUCGGCAUUGUGCUCUUGGAGAUCAUCACUGCCCAGUCCCCGGUAUUGAUGGACCCUCAAACAAUCCACCUACCAAAUUGGGUGCGCCAAAAGAUAGCUAAGGGCAGUGUUCGUGAUGUUGUGGACAAGAGGCUGAUGGAUCAGUACGACGUCAGUUCCCUGGAGAGUGUGGUAGACCUUGCAUUGAACUGCGUAGAAAAUGCAGCUAUUGACAGGCCAACCAUGACCGAAGUUGUUUCAAGGCUCAAAGUGUGGUUGCCGGUUUCAAGCGAAAAGCAGUCUAUUUCUGGAACCCCUCACCGCAAGAACUACAUGGAUAUUGAUAUCCCAAGACAGUUCCAGUUGAUGCUUUCUGGAGAAAGCCACGAGGGGAGCUCCUUCCAGUCUGGUAAUACCAGUAGGAUGUCAGAAAUGAGCCUUUUUUCUGGACGGUAAAAAAGGAUAAAGCCUACUGACUUAUUUGUCGCAUCACAUCUACUUAGAUAAAGUUUGAAGAUUUGCUUAACUGUGUCGAUCAUCUAGUGCUUGUAAAUUGCAACUUUGUUAUUAUCAUUUUGAGUUUCUAAGCAUUUCAGUGGUUUUCAACUGUGAA